CCAGCCCYGUUCCAUCUCUCCACAGCCAUGAAGGUGAUGCUGUGCCUCGCUCUCACCCUCACCCUGGCAGUGACUGUCUGUCUGUGCCGGCCAGCGGUGCCAGACACCAUGGGGGACCCCCAGCAGCACCCCCCSAGCCUGGCCCGAAGGGACUGGCCCGAGCACCUCUCCCAGGAGCAGCAGCGCCUCUUGUCCCAGUUCCUGCCCCACGUCCUCACAGAGCUGAACAACCACAAGGCYUUUGUGCAUGAGGACGAGGGAAUGGAGGCUUUGCAUGACCACUACUAYCCUGACUGGAUGGACUUUGGCCGCCGCAGUGCCGAGGAUGAGGCCGGUGCCGCGUAGCCGCUGGGCUGGACUGGCCACACCGAGCAG